AUGGAUGAGGAACCUGCCCAGAACACCACACUCCUUGUGAGGGACAAUGUGACUUCCAAGUCAAGCAGACCGAGGGUCGAGGCAAGGGGUGCUAAGGCUGCCAGGCGCCCUUCGCUGCACGGCGGUUCCGGAGCCCCUCCCUCGCCCGGGGCCCCAACGCGGGCCCCCAGGAACCCGACCGUCUGUGCUGCACGCCUCCCGGCCAGGCGCGCGCGCGGGAGCCUGGGGCGCACCUUCCAGCCCCAGGGGAGACGCUGCACAAACUGCGCGGCGCGGGGCUCGGACGGCGGACCCGAGCCCCUCCAGGUCCCGCCGCCCACGGCGACACCUCGGCCCCUGGUCCCCGCACCCGCUCUCGGCUCACUUACCGCUGCCUACCGGGUCCCGCUCCCGCCGCCUCCAGCAGAGCCCGGCUCGAGUGCAGAGUCCGCGGCGCCGCCUAGAGGCCGGGCGAGCCCGGGCCCCGCCCCGCCGGCCUGCCCGCCCCCGGGGAGGAGGGGCCGGCGCCCCCUUGCCCCAUUCCCGGCCGGCCCGCCCCGCCCUCUGCAGCCGCCUGGCGCGCCCUCCCGGUUCCCCUUGAGCCGCCCCGGCCCUCGGGACACGUCUCCCCGCACCCCGACACCGCCCCUCCCCGGCUCGGCCCGGGACGCGCCCGCCCCUCUGCCAGCACCUCUUCCCCACCCCACCCCGUCGGGCCUCACACUCCUCUCCAGCAACGCUUUCUCCUCACCCUUCCCCAGAUCGGAAUGUCCCCCCACCUCCCCUCCGCCUUCCCCCGCAGCCUUUUUCUCCCCGACCUAG